AUGGAAUCUAGCAAACGAAAAUUUGCAUGCCUCGAUGGUGGGGAGAACGGAACUCGCAAGAGUUUGAUCGCCUGUGUUGAAGAUCCGCAAUCUCAAAGUGCCCAAUUCCGUCAACAAAGCAAUGGCUAUCUUUCACCCUACAGUCCAAUUGCUCCAGUAAGCGGAGAUCCUGAUAUUCGAAUGUCGGAGGAAGCCACCGGAGAAUUUUCCACUCUCACUACCUGUGAGAGUCCAACACUGACCGCUCUAAUUUCGAGUGAAGAAAUCUGUUACGGAGCGUUAGUCGGUGCUCGGGUCGCUUGUCCGAAUGGCUUCGGACUUGAUAAAUCCAUUUUCUCUUUAUCUACGAAACCCACUGGAGCCCUGAAAAUAUUCGGCAUUACGCCCAGGGAAAGGUACUACUAUGCACUUUGCUCCCCUGAUGGACACUAUUUCGCAUUGAUUGACAAAAAUACUACUGGAACCCUCGAGGCCGUCCAGGAAGUUGGGAAUGUACGGUUUCAAGCAAUCAUCCUGGAAAGUGCCAGAAACAGACCUGCGCCGGCUGUGGCUGCGAAAGGCAGAAAACCAAUUUUGGAAGUCUCAAUCAAUCUGUAUGGUGAACCAAGCUUAGCAAAGAAGGUUGGACGUUUACUCACCGAAAGGAGACAAUUUCUGCAGCAUCCAGACUCUGUGGACGCUGGAAUUAGGUAUGAAAAUCCUCACUAUUUCAUGGCUCCAGGAAACACCACAGACCUUAGCGAGAGCAUCGGACGUCUUUGCUAUUCCCAGAAGUCUGCAAACAUGGUGUCGCAGGAAAUCGGCAAGAUACUGGAGUCCCUGGAUGUCGUUGAUACGGAUAUUGGCCUUCCAACAUCGAAUGUUCUUUUGACUCCACUCUUAAGCCACCAGGAAGCAGCACUGAAAUUCAUUCGUCGUGUUGAGAGUCGAGACAUCCAGGCAUCACUUUGGAGGGAGAGCGAAGAAUUGGGAUCACGUGGCUUCAAGCAUCAAAUGACCAAUGAGUUCCAGCCUGCCUUGCCCAUGAUCUCCGCGGGGGGCAUACUAGCCGAUGAUAUGGGCCUCGGGAAAACAUUGACAAUGUUAAGCGCCAUUGUACUCUCUGCAGACGAAGCUUUUUGCUUGAAUGAAUUCACUCCUACUGCAUCCGUCCUUAAUGAACUACUGCAACCAACCAUGGCGACUCUAGUCAUAGUCCCAUCCGUUCAGCUCAUUGAGAUGUGGAAGACAGAGAUCGCGCGCCACAUUGCGGAGAAUCAGUUGAACGUGGCCACAUUUCAUGGCAAAGAUCGUGCUAAUGAGCCAUCAGCCUUUUAUCACUCAGACUUGGUGCUGACCACUUACUCGACAUUAGUGAUAGACUUCCAGACGAUGCAGGUCUUGUACCGCUUAAACUGGUUUCGAAUCAUUCUGGACGAAGCACACUGGGUCCGGAACCAAGAAACUGAGCACUUUCGUGCCGUCGACAAUUUACAAGCUGACCGACGGUGGUGUCUCACUGGAACGCCGAUUCAAAAUAGGCUAGAAGACUUGUGUGCUCUGGUUCGGUUUUUGAAAAUAAGGCCAUUCUGUGGGAAAUCAUCAAGUGCAAUGUUCAGGCAAUACAUUGUUGAUCCACUUUUUUUGGCCGGCGAAGACCCUUACCGAAAUCUUCGACAGUUGCUUCAAAGUGUCUGUCUACGGAGAACUCAGAACCAGUCUAACUUUCCUGCAACGUAUCAACAAGUUACGCUUACGCUAUCACCAUUGGAAAAGGUACACUACGACGAGGUCCUCGAAGAAACCAAAAGGAAAAUGGACAUGCUUGUUAAUACCGGUUCUCCUCUUCAAAAGUAUGCUCAGCUCUUCACAGUCAUGCUGAGACUUCGAAGGCUUUGCAAUCUGGGGCAGCUAUCCGCAGAAUCAAGAUCCCUGUCUCCUUCAAUUCCAUCCUUGCCGAAUUGGAAUUCCGCCAACACAAACAGUAGCCGCGACUUCGAAUGCGAAUUUUGUACGAAAGAAGAUCCUCUAGAUCUGAUGAAAGACCUGAAAUUUUGUCCUGACUGCUCACGAGUACUAAAGACCGGGCAUUUAGAGAACAGGAAUAUAUCAGAGAGUCUCGAAACAGAGUUCCUCCGCAUCCCGAAAUCUCCGUCCUGUAUCGAGGCCGUAGUUUCCGAUGGUCGGUGUCUAGCUUCAUCGCAAGGGUCAUCUUUGGAAACUUGUCUGUUACCCAAAGUAUAUCCUACGAAACUGCUCGAGGUUGCAUCCAGACUUCAGGAAAGUCAUUGCAAAUCUAAAAGUAUUGUGUUUUCCUGUUGGACGAAGACACUGGAUGUUCUUGGCCAAUUACUCAGCGAGUCUCGACUUCAAUAUGUUCAAAUCGAAGGGAAUGUCAGUGGCAUCGAGCGUUCGAAGCGCCUCGCAAAAUUUCAGGACUCCCCAGAAAUUGCAAUACUUUUGAUGACCUUUGGGACCGGGGCUGUGGGUCUGAACCUCACACAAGCCAGCCGGAUCCACAUUGUGGAGCCUCAGUGGAACCCGACCAUCGAGGUACAAGCUAUCGGAAGAGCAUUGCGUCUCGGCCAAACGCAACAUGUCACAGUCAUACGAUAUAUCAUGGAGAAUACUAUUGAACAGAAUAUUCUUGCCAUUCAGAAGCGAAAGGAAAAACUUGCACAAUUUGCAUUGCAAGCAGAUCUAGAACAGUCGCCGACCGAGAGAUUUGAGAGAGAGGAGCAACGACUCGAAGAAGACAGACGUGGUGGUGCUGAACAACUGUCAGAAUCUAUGUCCCAGGAAGUGUCAGAAUAUAUGUCACAACCCGAAGAUGCUGAAAACAAGAAGGCCCGUCCGGUACGGUCCACGCAGGGCUCGCAGUUAACAAGCCAGCCUCCUCCUGUUGAUGCUACUGCUGCUGCUACAGCUUUCAAUCGGUCAUCAGCCGCCCACCCAAGCAGAGGCAAGUACGCGGCGAUCGACUCUUCGAAGUGA